GCAGGCGUAGAAAGGUUUUGUAGUUCACGCAUUUUCCGGACGACAUUGUGUUUGCUUCUCACCGGGAUAAUGAAGCAGAAUUCCAACGUUCCGGCUUUCCUGAGUAAACUCUGGACGCUGGUGGAGGAUUCCGACACCAACGAGUUCAUCACUUGGAGCCAGAACGGCCAGAGUUUUUUGGUCCUUGAUGAACAACGGUUUGCAAAGGAAAUCCUGCCCAAGUACUUCAAGCACAAUAACAUGGCCAGCUUUGUGAGGCAGCUCAAUAUGUAUGGUUUCAGGAAGGUUGUCCACGUGGACUCGGGAAUCGUAAAACAGGAGAGGGAUGGACCCGUUGAAUUUCAACAUCCUUUCUUUAUCCAGGGGCAAGAUGAGUUAUUAGAGAACAUAAAAAGGAAGGUAUCCUCUGCAAAACCUGAGGAAGCAAAAGUAAGACAGGAAGAUAUAUCCAAAAUCUUGAGCAGCACAGCUAAAGUUCAAGUCAAACAAGACACUAUUGAUUCCAGAUUAUUCUCCCUGAAAAGGGAGAAUGAAGCGUUAUGGAGAGAAAUUUCCGACCUGCGCGCUAAACACUCUCAGCAGCAGCAAGUUAUUAGAAAGAUUGUACAGUUCAUUGUGACCUUGGUGCAGAAUAACCGAUUAGUCAGUUUGAAGAGGAAACAGCCAUUGCUUUUGAACACAAAAAGUUCCCCCAAAGGCACAAUACUGCAGACUAUGGUUAAAGAUACUGGAGAGGACAACCACCAUGUCCCACUCAGGACAGAAGCUUUAAAUAGAGGAGAGAUUUCUGAUGAUAUAGUAAUUUAUGACAUAACAGACAACCUGGAGGAUGAAAGAGAGAAACCCCAGACUUUUCCUGAAAAUUCCGAAAGAGCGUCUCCUGAAACGUUAAACAGUCCGCCUUCACCUGAAAUUGUAAUAGUGGAGGAUGACAGUGAAGAUGAAGAGGUCACAGUUGUUCAAUCAGAUACAACUGCAGAGAUAAUUGGGCCAUUGAGCCCAGUCCGUGAGGACAUUUCAAGCCCACUGAUGUCUGGUCCUCUGCUGUUGAAUAACCAGUCCUCACUCAGCACAGAAGACCCUGUCACUAUGAUGGAUUCUAUUCUUAAUGAAAGUGGUGUUAUUUCUCAGAAUAUUAAUCUCCUUGGAAAAAUGGAACUCAUAGACUAUCUGGACAGCAUUGACUGCACGCUAGAAGAUUUCAAAGCAUUACUAUCUGGACGUCAGUUCAGCAUGGAUCGAGAUCUGCUGGUUGAUAUUUUCUCCAAUAAUGACCAAAUGAGUCCUUCUGACUAUCUAAACGGUCCAAAGCUGGAGACCAAAGGACUGGAGUCUUUUAGAAACGGUGAAAGCUUUCCUGAAUCCGCUGAUUCCCCUGUGGAUAGCCGAAAGUCUGACCAGCAACUUGUGCAGUAUACAACGUAUCCACUCAUGGCUUUUCUGGACAGUGAUCCCGGCUCCUUCUUAUCAGAGACGCAGACUAGCAAAGCAAGCGAACUAGACAAUCCUUUGGAAUCUAGCCUGGACUCUGAGCCGCCACAGAGUAAACUGGUGCGACUGGAGCCGCUGACUGAGGCAGAGGCCAACGAGACCACCCUGUUUUAUUUAUGUGAACUUGCCCCUUCACCCCUGGACAGCGAUAUGCCCCUGCUGGACAACUGAAGUGCUGGGGGUACCCCACACCUGUAUAUAUUCAUCAAAAUGAUGAACUAUUUAUUUGAAGUAUCAUUUUGGUACUGUUUCUCUUUGUUUGUUUUUUGCAACUUUCAGACACUGCAAUUUCACAUUUUGUUUAUGCACAACAAUAACCUGUUAGUUUUAGCAAAAAGGGCCGAUUGUUGCAUUAUCCAAGUAUAUUUUUACUAUAAUUGUAGGUUAGAAACCAGAGCUCCAUUUUGUUUCACAUGUAAUGUAUAUAGACCUGCUCUAUGGUGUCCAAAAAAAAAAAAAGGCUAAGCUGCACCCCUUUAAUGAGACACUUCCGUCAAAGUUUUUUCUCAUUUCAACAGUACUGUACCAUUAGAAACAAAAUAUUGUCCCUCUGUAGCAACCUGCACAUAUACUGUAGAUGGGGAACCCACUGUUAUUGUAUUGCCGCUGUGAGGGAGAGAUUUAGUAAAAUGGUAGAUUAGUAGGAAAACAUUGACUGCCCAGAGAAGAGCAUAGCACUUAUCAGUGCCAAGUGUGAUCCUCUAAUUGAGUCGCUCUAUCUGCGGUUUGUCCAAACAAAGGGGAAAUAAAAGGCUAUGUACACCAUGGCGAACAUUAUUUUAGGAUUGAAUUUUACUCGUUUUGAGUGAAAAUCAUAUUUUGUUUUUCAGUUGGCCUUUAUUAAAAAUGUUCAUCCAUUUCUGAGUAUCAAAAAUAAGUCUGUUUGCAAGCUGUCGCUUUCGUUUUUGUAGAGCUCGCGCCUCUGAUCUCCUGACCUCAUAAACACUCAUUAUAGCUCAAUUCUUAGCAAACUGAUAAUAAGUGUCUGAGGUCAAGAAGUUAGAUAAGUGGUACACGUUGACUGGAUUAAAAGAAAAUAAAGUGACAGCUGGCAAACAGACUUUUUUAAAUUAAAUUUCAGAAAAUGCUGGCAUUUUUAAUAAAGACCAAUUGAAGAAAAAAAAUGUUUUAGCUUAAAAUGAGUCAAAUUCAAUCCUAAAAAGAUGCCCCUGAAGGUGUAUAUAGCCUUUAAAGAGCCAAGGCAAGAAUAGAAUACAUGGAGUGACUUCAAAAUAUUCUGCAAAACCAUCCACCUGUUUAGUUUUUUUUAACAGAAUAUUCCUAUUAUAGGCUGAUGGUAGUGUCCCUUUAACGUAUAAUGCACCUUGCAAGCAUCACUAUGGAUGGUGCAGUGUGCCUUGUUUGAGAGCAGGAGUACAUAUGUAUAUACACAAUGCUGGAAUUGUAUCCUGUGUUCGGAUGGCUAUGGAAAGUGCAAGAAAAUGUGACCUAGGAACUAAAGUGCCUGUCCUUUUAGCGUGCUUUGAACAGCAAUUUUUAUUUUGAGGGACCAAUGACUAUCACUGUUCAAUGAUACAUUGUGGAUCUUUUAUGUAAACCUGUUAAUACACUACUUACAGAAGGUGGCUUUACCCAAAUAAACAGAUCUGUCCAUAA